UCGACCCCUACAGCAAAGAAUUUUCCAAUAGCGUAUUUGAUGCGUUUCUUUCCCAUCAGGGCUGGAUCCCACAAUUGGAGAUUUGUACGACAAACUGCUAGAACAUGAACUUUGGCUUUCUGAUAUUACUCUUCCUUUGUUAUUCCAAGCAAGGCUGGACGGAAGAUGCAGUUGAACCCGCGGAUGGACCGGCGGAGACUGUAAUGUUGACCCCGCUGAUCCCUAGUAAACCAAGAUCAGAUCUGGAAGACUCACUUACCCCCGUCAUAACAGAAGCACUCACAGAUGCUUCACAUGUCCUGGAAGCAGAUGCCCCCUCUUCUGGACAGAAAGAAGGCUCCUCGGAGGAAGAUCUUGAUAUGAUUUGUGAUGGUGAAAUGACCAGCCAACAGAUUAAGCGGGCCGUAGGCAAUGCCAUUAUGAAGCUUGGACUCUCAUACUUAGAAAAGUUGAGGCCCGGCUCAGAGCAGCCCAAUGUCAUAAUCUCUCCUCUAAGUUUGUCUGUGGCAUUAUCACAGCUAAUGCUGGGAGCAAUAAAUGAGACCGAGGAACUGCUUCUUCACCACCUGCAUGCAGAUGCACUGCCCUGCUACCAUACUGCCCUCAGCAGCCUCCUACGUAACUUCCACAAACAGAGCCUGCCCAUUGCCAGUCGCAUCUAUCUCCAAACCGGAUUUGAACCAAAACAGGGCUUUAUGGAGGAUUCUCAGAAGCUCUAUGAUUCAGAACCAGCCACUCUGACCACAGUUAAUGAGGUCAAUGAAUGGGUUAGACAAGCCACAAAUGGGCACAUCAUGGAGUUUUUGACCAGCCUUCCUAUGAACACUGUUAUGAUGCUCAUCAAUGCUAUGCACUACAAAGGUGAAUGGCUCACCCGCUUCGAUCCUAGAUUCACGUCUACUGAGCACUUUUACAUAGAUGAAAAUCAAUUUGUUGAUGUGGACAUGAUGCUUGGCACAAAGUACCCUCUUAGCCUUUUCACCCAUGUUGAGCUGGAUGCCCAGGUUGCUCGAUUCCCCUUCAAAGGUGACAAGAGUCUUUUGGUGGUAAUGCCGACAUCAGGAUACGUGAAUAUGUCAGCCAUCAUGGCUAGGCUCAAUAUCUCAGAUCUGUACGCUCGCUUUCCACGAGAGAGAAACAUGCAGGUCAAACUACCCAAAUUUAAGCUAGAAUUCAACCAGGACCUUCAAGAGGCCAUGGCAAGAAUGGGUCUAGGAAAUCUAUUCAGUGAACCAAAGCUGGGCCGUAUCUCAGAUGGUCCCUUGUUUGUGUCCAGCGUGCAACACAUGUCCAGUGUUGAGAUAAAUGAAGAGGGGGCAGAGGCUGCUGCUGCAACCAGUGUUGUCAUAUCACGUUCCAACCCUUCAUUUGCGGUCAAUCAGCCAUUUUUCUUUGCCAUAAUGGAUGAUUUAAGUCAAACACCAUUGUUCCUGGGAGUCAUUUCUAACCCCAAUCCCGGAGCAGCCAUUACUGUGGUCACAAGUCCAGGCAAUUCGGAUAAAACAGGGUUUACUGAUGACAAGCCUUUCGAGGGUGCCCCAAAGUAGAAUCUUUUUACACAUUUAGCGGAGUGAGUUCAUACGUGAUUUUGUCUGUGCAGUUGGUCUCCAAUAGGAGGCAAAUAAAGGACAAUAUCUUCAGUAUAGUGAAAUGAACAGAUCAUUUGAAAUGUAUCCCCCCAUAUUGCUGUUUUGAAUGAUCUAAUCUUGUUUAAAAAGCCAUGAUUUAUUUCAUUUUUUUCCUGUUUUUUAAAUUAAAGAGAUUUGAUCAUA